AUGUCCUUGGCUGCAGGUUUGUUUUGUCCAGAUGUGGGGAAGGUAUACGAUGUUCUUAGGCAAAAGUCAAGCAGAUAAAGAUAAACUCUGAGAAACUCUUGCCUUUUUAGAGUUGGAAUUUCCAAACAAGAAGAAGAUGAGAGGCGCUCUGUUGCUCAUAGGACUGAUAGUCAUCACAGCUUGCACUCAAUCUCUGUGUGCGUCAGACAGUUGCCGUGAGGAGGUGGCUCGUCUGCGGGAACAGGAGAAGCUUCUGAAGGGGCAGAUUCAGAAACAAGAGCUCCUCCUACACAGACUCCAACUGCUGAACCAGCCUGGCAACAAGGAGAAAACGAGAGUCGACCAGAGCCUGGACACAGAGUACACAGACUGUUCGCAGAUCUUUACUUCUGGCUACAAAUCCAGUGGUUUAUACAGAGUCAAACCCAAUGGCAGCUCCUCUCCAGUCCAAGUCUACUGUGAUAUGAGUGAAGGGGGAGGUUGGACCGUCAUACAGAGACGCAUCAGCGGAACAGAGACAUUUAACAGGUCAUGGACAGAGUAUAAGAAUGGUUUUGGAGACAUGGAUGCAGAAUUUUGGCUUGGAAAUGACAACCUGCAUUACAUCACAGCACAAGGAAAUUAUUCUCUGAGGAUCAACUUGGAAGACUUUGAUGGUAACCAGCGCUAUGCCGAGUACAAGAAUUUCAAAGUAGCUGCUGAAAAGGAUCAUUACCAACUUAGCUUCGGUGCCUACGUUGGCACAGCCGGAGACGCUUUGUCUGGCAGCUAUCAGACUAGUGUGUCGGGCUGGGCCAGUCAUCAGGACAUCAAGUUCAGCACUUACGACCAGGACAACGACAACUACAAUGGAAACUGUGCACAGGAGGACAACGGAGGCUGGUGGUUCAACAAGUGUCACUCAGCCCAUCUUAAUGGCAGGUACUAUUCCAGUGGCCACUACAGUGCUUUGACAGAUGAUGGCGUGGUUUGGUACACAUGGAGAGGGUGGUGGUACUCGCUGAAGACCAGCAUCAUGAAGUUGCGACCCAUCGACUUCAAAAUCGAUGCCAUCAAUGACCCCAACAGGGUUCAGCACUGAUCACCUUCCUAAACCACAUUAUGUUGCCGUUUAUCUUUAUGUAAUACUUGGUUUAGAAACAUAAAAACACACUCUGACAGAAAUGUAAUCCUAUAAUCUGCUUAAAUUCCACAGGAGCUUGUUUGCACACUACGCAAUGAAUGAUUCCUGAUUACAGAUAUGCUUCUGGUGUUGUGAGACUGUAUCUGGACGGAGCACAGUAACAAUGACUGAGCAGGAUAAAUAUGAACCAAAGAUCCAAUCAUCCACACUUUUGAAGUGGUCAUUAAUGAAGCGGCACACUUUGGAAGCGUUUUCCUUUAAACCUCACACAUGUUUUCAUUGCAGCAAAUAUCUCACCAAAACUAAAAGAUAAAAGAAAAAGUCCAAGUACUACAGACAGAUUUGUGUAUCAGAACAUUAUUUUUUUCUUAAGCAGCUACAACAGAAACAUGCUGCUGACACACUUAUCCUUCACUAUUGAUAAUCUAAUGAUGUAUUCAAACAAAUAUCACUGAGAGACCAAAGCAGAUCUUAACUAGAAUACUUAAGCUACACCUUGUUGCUAAUAUUCAUGUACUUUCACUUAAGUAGGAUUAUACUUGCAAUGGAGUAUUUUAUAUUACUGAACUCGUACUUUCAUGUAACUAAAGGAUCUGAAUACUUAUUCCACUGCUAUAAGAGUAAUUUUGAGCAAUAGGACUUGUGAAACUUGCUGCCUGUUUUAGAGACAUGAAUGUUGCAAGAGGAAGUGGAAUGCACUCACAGCUGUCUGUUUUGCUGGAGAAAAGGGGAAUCUGAUGUCAGUAUAUGUGCCAGACACAGGCAGAAACAUUGGACUGAAGGCAGUGAAAGGAUCCAUUAUCAUGUCAGUGAAAAUGGCUGCAACAGCAGUGUGUUUAACAGUAAUGUACACUCAAAGGAACACAUCUUCUUAUACUUUAAACUACAGUGGCAGGGAGUGAGCUGAGACUAGCCUUGGAAAUGUGUCCAAGUGUUAUGAAGAUUCACAUAAAGUGCUUAUGCAUCAUAAAUAACUGAAAUCGAAGGAAAGCAAAGAUGUUAAAAGUGACUUAGGUUUAAGCUAUGUCUCCCACUUACAGAUUGUUGUAGCAACUCUUCUUGUGAACAUAUAUCUACAUACACACUAUCAUUUGCAUUGAUAACAUGAUUCAAGAAAUAAAACAAGGAAACAAA